CCUACACGUGCUCGGCCUGACAAACCCAUAUACAUACAACUAUACAUACAAAAGCACUGCGGCAGUUCUUCGUCCCCUCGCACCAUGGGCCCGGCGACCAACAAAAAACGCAAGCUCGGCGUCACCGCGCCCGAAACCAUCGAAUUCGACUUUGCAGCGCGCGAAGAAUACCUAACGGGGUUCCACAAGCGCAAGCUCGCGCGGAUAAAACACGCGCAGGAGGAAAAUGCAAAGCGCGAGAAGGAGGAGAAGCUGCGAAUGAGGCGGGAGCUCCGAGCCGAGCGCAAAGCAGAUCUGGAAAAGCACGUCGAGGAAGUCAAUCGCCUGGUCCGCCAAGCAAACGGCGAUCUGAGCGCCUCAGACAACGAGUCUGAUUCCGACGGCGAAGACGACGACGACACAGAAGGCGCAGAAGAAGAAUUCACAGGGUUCCAGGACCCCGAGCCCAUCAACCAGCACGACGAGUACAUUGACGAAGACAAAUACACAACCGUCACCAUGGAAAGCGUCAACAUUUCCAAAACAGGCUUUUCGCGGCCGGGCGAAGACGAGGAAGAGGAUGAGGCGGCAAAGAAGGCGGCGCUGGAAAGUGCAGAGAGUGCAGAGGGAAGCGCGAAGAAGAGGGCUUGGACAAAGGCGUGGCCCAAGAAUAGCGAUAAGCCUAAAAAGAAGAAGAAGAAGUUUAGGUAUGAGACCAAGACGGAGAGAAAGGCGGAGCGGAUUAAGCAGGGUAUGAAGAAGAGAAAGCAGAAAGAGGCUAGGAUGAACAAAAAGUAGAGUCCUGGUCAUGGGUCGCACAGAGGUAGUUUACAGGGCUGUAGAGUCUCGACGAAA